GCGCGUAAGUUCGCCGCUAUUGCAGCGGGCGAUGUCUUCCUUUAAGCGCGUGAGCUCGACCUUUUUCGCGAGCACGCAAGCCCCUGUGAUCUUCGUGCCUCGGGUUCUGUCCCGUGUACUGUGUGGUGUUUUGAAUUGAAUUGAAUCUGUGUCGUGCGUGCGGGUUUAUUGUGGGCUUGCUCGAAGGCGUCGCUUUGAGCGUGCGGUUGAUUGAGUCUGUGUUUCAGACGCUGCACUGUGGGAACCGCAUCCGCGGUCUAGACCGACAUACCGCUGCCCAACAAAAAUACGAAGCAAAUCGUCGCCGCUGUGUCUUUUUCCGCUUUCUUUCUUUCCUUCGCCCGAUCGGGUUCGAGUGAUUCUGCGUGUUUCUGUUUCUGGUUGUUCGUCGAAAAUCCCUCUCCUGUGAAUACUUCGUUCACUUUCACUCUGUGUCCAAGACGACUCGACUCAUCGGCGCUCUGUCCACCGAUUUUUGGGCUUUGUUUGGAUUUCGUGCUCUGUUUUAUUUUGGGAAUUUGUGUGUCGGUGGUAUCGUUGGCCCGGCUCGGAAGGUCGCGGAGGCGGCCGGGCUGUGAUCGGAGCCAUUCUUUCUUUGUUUGAUCAAACCAUAGAAAAUCGCCGACCCCUCUGCACGCGUAGCGCUGGAGAAGGAUGGACGAAAUGCGCAGAUAGUUAUGUGCGAGCAAGGCCGGCAAGGAGCGAAGGUAGUUAGUGUCUGAGGACAGACAGAUAACGCUCAGUGUAGCAGCACGAGGGGCGUAGAAGAAUUGGCACGAGCAGGUGCGUUCGGUCUGAGGUACUGCAGAUUCUUGGCAGGAGGUUCCGGAGGAGGAUCAGGAGGCAAGAAUCCGCAUUAGAGCAGAGUUCAUAGGUUGCUGGAAGGAAAUCCUUCAGCUCGCGAGCAUCGGGCAGCGUUUUUGCUUCCCAUUCAGUGGGUGAAAUCAUCGUGAAACUACAUGGUGUCUACUUGCUUGGUUGAGGACAGCCAAGUCUUGGGAGGUCGCUCACCCCGGAGCGCUGGAACAGCAUGAGAAGUGGACGCUGACUUCAGUCAUCCACAUCCGGAGCGAGAGGACUAGAGUGUUGGUUUGGAUUUCCGAAUACAAGACAUACCCUUAUGGUCUCGCGCCACGAGACCGCUGUAGGACUUCACAGCAGUUUGGUCUUGUGACAUUCGAGGCCAGUCGAAUUGCUGGGCUCGCUGUCUUGCAUCUUGAAUCACAGCAGCGCGGGUCGCCUCGAUCGCCCAUCGUGGGCAGAACACUCGAUUGAGGCUCCGGGGCAAGCGAAGCUCGAUUUGUGCAGGUGCGUUGGCGGGGUUCUGCACUGGAGACCCAACACUCGCCGCAUGUGGGUGAGAGGAAGGUUCUGGGAAUGUGGCGAAGCAGGACCGAGAGGGAACGAAACAGGGGGGAAGCGCUUGGCUUGGCCGGUGCAUUGGUGUUGUUGCUCUGCACCACGGAGAUAGUGAUCUGCAAUGGCCGUGCUCUUCAUGUCAUGUCCUCAUCGCGGCGGCUGCUGCAGGACAAUAGUACAUCUUCGUCUGAUGGAAAUGGUAACGGAAACGGAAAUGUCAAUUUACGACAAUACUGGUGGAUCUUCUUGGUCGUGCCGGCAUUCUUUGUCUCGCUGUUGUUCCUCAUGACCGUGUGCUUCAAAUUUCAUCUCGAAAAGAGGCGACGACUGAUCGGAAAGAAGGAGAUAAUCUACACCAAGAGCCCAUGGAAGGUUGGAAUGACCCGGACCAUGCGCAAGCGUCUGAAGAAGGUCAUUAUCACGGAACUUCCUAUCAACACUCGGGAGGAGUUGGAGCACGAGUGCGAGGAAUUUAGCAACAUAAUCAGCUCGUCUUCAGACAGCGUCGUCUUUAAAGGAACUCGAGACAGCGGAGCCCAGAUUGCUGUGGCACGCGUCCGAAUUCCGCCCUCACGGUGGAGCUGCAAUAGCGAGUUGCACUUCCUCCGGAAGGUGAAGGACCUUGCCCGCAUGAAACAUGCCAAUAUCGUCAAUUUACUCGCCUAUUGUUCCGAAGAUGAACCAUUCGAGCGUAUGCUUGUGUAUGAAUAUACUCCAAACGGAAGUGUCUAUGAUCAUCUCCAUAGCUCAGGCUCGCCGGCCGACUUUCUGGACUGGUCUACCCGCAUGAAAAUUCUCAUGGGGGCGGCCUACGGAUUGAAGUACAUGCACACGGACCUCGACCCACCGGCCACUCACAUGAAAUUCGAUGCAAGCUCAGUGUUUCUGACCGAAUGCUACAGCGCGAAGGUCGCCUCAUACGGCAUGGAUAAGCUGUGCGUGGGCAGCAACUCACUCGGCCGGAGACAAUCUUUUGGUAGAAUCGUCAAGUCGGUCGGGUACGAGGAUUGGGAUAGGUACCGGCAUGUACCCAAGCAGGAGAGCAAUGUGUUGAGUUUUGGAAUGUUUAUGCUGGAGAUGAUUAGUGGAAGGUGCCCUUAUGAUCCCACUGAGGGAUCGAUUCUUUUGUGGGCUGCGGAAUACAUGGAGUCCAACGAGAAACUAUGGCAGCUAGUCGAUACUUCGCUGGCUUCUCACAACGCCGAGGAGCUGGUGGCCCUAGUAGAGAUUGUCAAACAGUGCACGAACCCGAAGCCUUUGAAGAGACCGACCAUGGCCAAGGUGACGGAGAUGUUGGCGGCCGCACUGAAGAUCUCACAGGAAGAUGCAUCGCUGGGAAGUAGCGGCAAGAUUGACUACAAGAGCUCGCCUCUGAUGUGGGCCAAGCUCGAGCUCCUGAAUGCCGAGGGAGGAACAAACACCACCGAGGAAGAGGAAGACCAUCACUCGGAAGGCUUGACCUCGUCCACUCUACCUCUUCUCGCGCCCGGACCUUCAUCUCCCAAGUCCGGGCUCCGAUCACCGAAAUCCUCGUCGCCCAAAGGAUGCAGCACCAGUGGCAGCGAAUUCUCAGACUCGCGUCCGUCGGACGAGGUUGCCAUUACCAUCACCUCGUCUCAAGUCAAACAAUUUCAUCAAUCGGAUUCGAAAUCUUUCGAGCGAUGAGUGAAGUCCACGUGCGUGGAUCAACUGUACAGUAUAAGUCCACCUGCCGGCACCCUCAACUCUCGAGUAGGAUGAGGUGUGGCAGGGUUUUGUGAAAGUAGAGAGAUGAGGUAGUAGAGCAAACCUGAUCAUGAAAGCAUAGGAUUAGGAAUCACGGCAGAAUGCGAGGCCCUCAGAUGCGCUUGGGCGUUGCUAGGAGGGACUGGCAUCUCGAUUCAUUCUUUCAAUUCAGACAGGUGGC